UUAAGAUGCGAUCGGAACGAGCCCUGUAGCAAUUGUACUGCCAGAAAUGUCGACUGUGUUUACGCCUCAUUGCCACGUGGACGUGGUACACCAAGAGGAAAUAAUAGCCAGCACCCUGAAGUUCGUAUUCGCCGGUUAGAGCAACUUAUCGGGACAAUAAUAGCCCAAAUGCCUGAAAAUCAAGCAUCAAGUAAUGACCACCACACCGUCAGGCCCGGCCGUAUGAUGUCGAGUGAUGGCCAGAUGAUUUACGUAUCUGGCAUUCAUUGGGCAGCAAUCUGUAACGAGAUUGCAUGCCUUAAAGAAAACUUUGGUGAAGAUGAAGCACAGGACCAUACAGAGACUACAGGGCAAAGCCAAAGAAGCAGCGAACCACUUCUUCUGAAUGGCAUAAGAGACAUAUCCAACGUGGAAGACAUUCUUUCCGACAUCCCGUCACGAGAUUUCGCGAAUAGAUUGAUAUCUCGAUAUUUUAAUUCCAGGGAUCCCUCAUAUAAGCGCUUCUGGGAGAACCCACGCGCCGCCCCCCUUCCUUGGAUAAGUUUAUUCUUCGGGGUAAUGUCUCUAAGUGUAUUUUUGCACAUACGCUCUGGAGACAAACUACCUGAGGCAUUCGGGAAUCCUGAAGACAUAAAGGCUACCUUCCAUCGGCGCUCCACCGAAUGCUUGCUUGCAUCCAAAUAUUCUACUGAACCUGGCGCAUAUACGAUAGAAGCGCUCCUUUUCAACAUCCACAAUGAGUUUGUGCGCUGUAAAGAUGCCCAUUUGGGUGUGUGGAUUCUAUCUGGUAUUGCUACGCGGUUAGCAAUGCGCAUGGGGUAUCACCGCGAUCCAAGGCAUUAUUCACAAUUGUCGGUGUUCCAAGGAGAAAUGCGUCGCCGCUGCUGGGCCAGCAUUUUACAGAUGGAUGCUCUUUUUUCCUGCCAACUUGGAUUACCAUCUAUGAUUCAAGAAUCACAAUACGAUACGAAGCUCCCGUCUAAUCUUCCAGAUGAAGACUUUGGUCCUGAUUCUGCCAUUAUUCCGAAAUCACGGCCUGAGACCGAUCUCACCCCUGUGUUAUACACAAUCACAAAAACACGAUUCUUAUUGCUAUUCCGCAUAAUAUUCAAUCAGGUUAAUUUGCAAUGUAUGGGGGCAUAUGACGAGAUUGUUACACUGAAUCAACGACUUGAAAACGCCCAUGCACUUAUUUCUCCUCAUUUGCGGAUGGUUGCCCUUGAAGACUGUAUAACAGUUCCGCCUUACUUAUUAAUCCAGAGGUAUAAUCUAGAACUUCUCUUUCAAAAGACGCGAUGCAUUUUGCACCGCCAUCAUAUGGCAAAAUCUUACCAAGAACCCAAGUAUAAUUUCUCCAGAUACUCUUGUGUCGAGGCGGCAAUGGCGAUUUUAAUCCACCACGCCGACAUUGACAAAGAAGUGCAAGUGGGGGGCCUUCUUUAUAGAGAAAAGUGGUUUAUUUCAUCACUGGAACAGCAUGAUUUCUUGUUAGCUUCCAUGAUUGUCUGCCUCGAACUCAACUCACAAAGUCGAGCUAUUCCGGAACAAGACUGCGAAAAACAUGGAUUGGUAAAAUUUGAUCGUGGAGAGCUGAUCAAUGCCCUGGAGGCUUCCCAAUUAUCUUGGCAUAGGCACAAAUCAAGCUCCGUCGAAGCGCGAAAAGCUUUCGAUAUGCUCUCAGUGAUGCUAGAUAGGGUUGCUGCAGGAACACAAGCGGAGAGAGAACGACGUCCAAUGAUAGGAGGCGCCAAAUGCGAUAACGGCGAUGAUAUAGCAUCUCGACAAACGUAUAUUGGUGAGUCUGGCCAUCAUAUGGCACUAUGUGUUACCACGUUCUGA